AUGUCCCAUUCAAGCCGCCAUAACUUUGCUAAAUCUCAUGAUAUGCCCAUGGAUCCUCAUAUGCCCAUGGAAGACAUGUGUCUGAUGAACAUGCUUUUCACCUGGGAUUGGAAGAACACAUGUGUUGUGUUUAAAUGGUGGCAUAUCAAGACGUUACCUCAGUUUUUGGUAUCUUUUUUUGCCAUAGUGAUAAUUACCAUGUUAUAUGAAUUGUUGAAGGCAUAUGUGUCUCAUUGGGAAGUAGUCAACCUUCAAAACGUCGCUGGAAUAGCACCAGAUUCUGAUUCAAGAACAAUCAAACAGUUUAGAGUGAAACAAGCUAUAACCUACGGUAUCCAAGUAGGUUAUUCAUUCUUGUUGAUGUUGGUGUUCAUGACAUACUCAGGUUGGUUAUGGAUUGCCAUUGUUCUUGGUGCUGGUUUGGGUAAAUUCUUUUGGGGCUCAGGACUUGCUACUCCACGGUCAUUAGCAUGUCAUUAG